AUGUUCGACUCGGAGACGUCGCAGAUGCUCACGGCCAGCAUCUUCGGCCUCAGCACGCUGCUGAGCUCGUACCAGAUCUACAACGUGGACAAGCGGGUGCAGGAGGACAACCUGCAGCACCUCGCGCUGUUUACCGAGUACGGCAGGAUGGCGCUCUUCGGAGACACCAAGUCGUCGUCUUCAUUGAGUGACAAGCAGCAGAUGCUGCAGCGCGCUGCAUCAUCGGUGUCGGCGCGUGCGUUGGAGAAGUCGACGUCGACUGUGAGUGAGAAGGGCGACGAGGAGAAGAAGGAGGAAAACGAGGACAAGGACGACGACGACUCAACCCCCAAGCGCCCACGCCCGUUCCAGCGCCUCGACUUCUUGGUGCGUGACUGGCAGGACUUCUCCCGGAGCCAGACGCUGGACGAGAAGCGCGAGGACAUGGAGCAGUAUAUGGUGGAGCUGCUGUCGUCCCGCAAGCAGAAGGACCUGGCUGACACCCGUGAGCAGAUCAGCUCGUGCUUCGAGAAGGUCGCGUGCUUCUUGCUGCCCCACCCUGGCCACGCGGUUACGGAGCGCGAGUACGAUGGAUCAGUUGAAGCCAUUGACAACCGCUUCUUGGAGCUGCUGACGGCGUACCUGGACGAACUGUUCGACCCGGCCAACCUGUUCCCCAAGAAGAUUCACGGGGUUACGGUGACCUCGCGCGAGCUGUUCACGUACAUCAAGACGUACGCGGGCCUGUUCCGCGAGGCGUCCAUUUUCCCGGAAGCAAAGACGCUGCUGGAGGCCACGGCUGAGGCUAACAACGUGAACCAGCGCGACAAGGCUCUGCUCAAGUACAAGCGCGAGAUGGAGAAGGUCGCGGGCUCCAAGUGCCAGUACGUCCCUGUGCAGGAACUGGAGGCCCACCACAAGGCGUGUUUGCAGGGAGCCAUGGACGUGUUCGACGACGGCGCGCGCAUGGGCCGUCGCAGCGAGAUCAUGCGUUUCCGCCAGGAACUGGCUGACGAGAUCGAGAAGGAGCGCCACCGCUACCUCGAGAUCAACGCUGAGCGUGACCCGUACAAGAACCUGGAGUUCUACCUGAUUCCGGGCUGCUUGGCGCUGGCGCUGCUGGUGUUCCGUAUCUCGCAGGACCUGCUGUGCUACGAGCACAUUGGCUAUGACAUUCCGCUCUACGAUUGCAAGCAAGUGAGCCACACGCUGUCGCACCUGUACUGGGCACUCAUCGUGUUCAUGCUGCUGAUCAUGAUGUCCACGGGUCAGGUGAUGUUCAAGCGCGUGAAGACCGUGAUCUCCAUCGUCAAAACUGCCAUCGACGCCUCCAAGGACGAUGGCAAGGAGAAGAAGGACUAGGCUGUAGUAUUUUUCCGCCGAACGCACCUCAGUAGCUAAAGGGUGAAGGUUGCUGGCGUGUAUUCAGGUGUGGGGUGCGGGGGUGUCAUGCCUCGCUUUGCGUCGUGUUCAUAGAUUUACUGCACACUUGCUGUCGUUGCGUCUUGAGCCGUGUUGGGUGAUGUAUCUAUCUGCAGCGGAGCUAAAGUACAGACACGAAUUAAUCACGUGA